AUGCGUCACUCGGUGCCAAAGUCAAUUGCUCUUGGAUUGUUGUCCGCAUACAUCCUCCAAAGUAGCGGCAAACCAAUCAUACCGAUCGCUCCAUGCCAGAACGAAGUCGAUUGUAGCCACCCAUUCAACAACACGAAUUGGCCUCGUCUUGCCCGUACUGAUGCUCUCCCGCCCGCACUCGACCGCAGAGCCAGUGGCGGAGGACGCCCAACUAAACCCAACGACAACAGUCCCAACGCACCUCAUGUAAACCCAGAUCAGCAGAACACUCCCUCUGACGCCGGCGAUCAGCAGGGUGAGUCUGGGGGGUUCAGUGAGCAGCAAGAGACCUCUGGUGGCUUUUCCGAUUCGCAGGAAACCGAAGGAGGGUUCGACAACAACGGGGAUGAUACGGGCGGUCCAGGCUCUAGUUUGCAACCAGCAGCUCCCGACCCGAACCCCAACCCGGCUCCAAAUCCCAAUCCAGCCCCGAACGUACCCGCGGCUAACAAUCCCGGUCAGCCAAACGCCGUUCAGUAUCCGCCAUCAGCAAGGAACAAUCAAAACCAGCCAGCAACAUCGGCGAAUAACCCUUUCAAUCCCGCCGCUGCAUCUGUUCCAGUCAUCAAUGUCGCAGCCCGUACGAAUCAAUUCCGACAAACUAUCACUCAGGACGGACUGACCGGUCAACCAUGGUUCUUCUACUCUGGAUUCGAUCGACAAAAGAAGGACUACACCUAUAAGCAGAACCUGGAAGACAGACUUCAACUCGGACAUGGUCAGAUGCCUUCCAUGGAUAGCGUACUAUCAAUCAGAGGGGGUGGGGCGAACGCGAAUGAGUACCAAGCGUACCAGGCUCGCCCUGGAAUUGACCCAGCCAGAGAGAACUACUACUGGGCCGUUAAUUCCAAAGCUUAUGCUCAAGCAGUAGAAGGAAGGAUCUACGUGGUACUUCCCAGCGGCCGCGGUGUGAAUCAGCCGUAUUCCGAUAAGGGUUCGAAUUGGUGGACGUUCGAGGUUCCGGAACUUACCCGUAACGCUCGUGUCGACAGUAUCACAGUCAUGCCCGUGAAGGAAGACACUUCGACACUCUACAUAGAAGAGGCCGAUGCUUUCCACCUUGGCGAAGAAACAAUAAUCUGGAGGCGGGGGGACGAUCCCAUUGGCUUCCCAGCAAAUGAGCUGGAUCCUCUACAGAGGCCUGGCGAGCCAUGGGAGACUGUUCAGGAUGUAUACAUUCCAAGUUCUCCAUAG